ACUGACUUUGUUUCCUUGUAAUUUUCAGAAAAAUAGAUGUCUUUUAAUGAAAUGUUCUACAUAUACGCUUCAGAUGGUAUAGAUUUUGGAAUUCUAUGUAUAAAAAAUAAAUGGCUGGCGCGUACGCAUAUAUAUAGUCACAUACAUCACGUCUCUACGAAACAAAACUUGCAAAUCGGUAAAAUAUUGAAGUCUCGUAUAUAUAUCUGUGCGCACGCAUCACUUUCUCUUUUCUCAUAUUAAAUUCUGGUUCUACAAGUUACGAGAAAAAAGUCGGCGGGACACAACUGUGCAGGAACCGGAAAUUUCACCGCCUGCGAUCGUUUCCCGCUUUUUCGACUUUGCAUCUCUAACCCCUCUAUUAUUGAAACAGCAAAAUGCCUGCAAAACAAGUUGUAAAAUUCGCAAGACUUAGUCAAAAUGCAUUCAUUCCAACUCGAGGAUCGCCGCAAGCUGCUGGAUACGACCUUUACAGUGCAUAUGAGUACACAGUCCCUUCUAAAGGAAAAUUGCUAGCCAAAACAGAUCUCCAGAUAGCUUUACCUGAAGGCUGUUAUGGAAGAGUGGCUCCUCGUUCAGGACUGGCUUUAAAGCAUUUCAUUGAUGUUGGAGCUGGAGUUAUUGAUCAAGAUUACAGAGGAAAUGUUGGUGUUCUUCUUUUCAAUUUUUCUGAGACUGAUUUCAAAGUCAACAAAGGGGACCGUGUUGCCCAGCUAGUGUUAGAGAGGAUAUUCACUGCAGAACUGGAAGAGUGUGUAAGUUUGGACGAUACCUUGCGAGGCGAGGGAGGUUUUGGAUCAACUGGUGCAAAGUAAUAAAAUUGUUAAAUUGUUGGUCUU